AUGUCAUCCAACUAUCGAAUCAGCCAAACCGAUAAAGUUGUUGUGGUUAUGGGCCCAACAGGGGCGGGGAAGUCAACUUUUAUCAAUUAUGCUACUAGGGGUGACGGAGGCGGCAUCGGUCACGCCCUCAAAUCAUGUACCGAUACCAUCAAUGUUACUCCAGCCAAAAUCGGUGACGACGUCGUAGUCUUUGUUGACACACCCGGAUUCGACGAUACAUUCAAAUCCGACAUUGAAAUUCUUAGCAUGAUAGCGGAAUUCCUUGUCAAGCUACAUCAAACGGGUAUCAAAAUCUCAUGUCUUCUCUACUUCCAUCGCAUCACGGACAACCGUAUGGCUGGUGCUCCCUUGAAGAACCUCGAACUUUUCACGAGUUUGUGCGGAAGGGUGGCGAUGCCGCACGCCACUCUCGUGACAACGAUGUGGACAAUGGUCGACCCCAAGGUAGCCGAGGCUCGACUCCACGAGCUCAAGCAUGUUUUCUGGAAGAAGAUGAUUGAAGACGGGUGCAAGGUCAAGAAGUUCAAAGAUUCACAGCAAUCAGCACUUGACAUCAUCGAAUCGAAUGAGAAUGAUCGAGGAGUGCUGCUUACCGAGGAGAUUAUCGAGAAGCAUAGGAAGCUGAAGGCUACAGAGGCUGGCAUCGCCCUCAACAAGCAGCUGGCAAAACUCAUGCAAGAUAGAAAGGCGGCGAACCGCAGGCUCAAACAGCUCGCCCGAAAGCAAGGCAACCCAGCGGCGAAACAGACGCUCAACUCGGAAAUCCAAGCGCUCGACCAAGGCAUGCAGGACAUUGCCAAGCAGCUCUCCAGGUUGAACCUACCAUUUACUGCUACCCUAAAAAGAAUGUUUUUCGGCCAGUCGGCAGUUUCAGCCGUGCCAGCCGCCGUUCCCGCCGCCACUCAAGUCAAAGGCCGUGAAUGUCUACGGCUCUUCGAAGUUCUCGGAUGCCGAGAGCACACUGUUCAAGUCUCUUUACGCGAGCUCUUAGCUACCUUUCUCUCAAUUCUUACUGUUUAUACUCUGCGAGUCUCUGUUCCCGUCAUUAUGUCGCAGCCCAUCUUCACACAUCUUGCCUCUGAAGAGGAACGUCAAGUUUGCGAAGUCAUGGCAUCGAGGAAGUUGACAGUUGAUCAAUGCGAGUCGACUCUGCUUCUUACUGGUAUCUCGAAGAAUUCCCCCUAUUAUUCGCCUCCCAAGUCUGGAAAGAAGGGUUUCUUCCGAUCCUUGUAUCAGGCAUUCCAGCUCUCUGGUCGAGCUGAAUCGUCAUCCCUUGCUGUUACCGCACCAAUCAUCUCAGACGCGGCUUCAUCACUUUCCCGAAUGGAUAUCGAUGACGAAGCACACCCCCUUUCCGAAACCUAUGUGACAUCCGAAUCGGUCCCCAGCGAGCCACAAUCCUGUGAUGAUGACGAGGCGGCACCUCCGGCCUCGGAAACAUUUACACCACGGUCCAUCCUCGCGUCGCUCGUGAGUUAUCAGAUGACGCUCGUCCUCCGCGUGGCCAAGGCAUUUGCCUGGUCAUCUUCCACUACUCCUUCUUCUGAAGCUGACAGUGCUGACGAAGACAAGCAGGAGUCGGACGAUGCCGCCACGCUGGUUGACAAGUCUUCCAUCUGCCCUGCUCCUUCUCGCAAGGUCACACUGGACCUCUCGAGUGACUACGUGACCGCUGCUCGCCGAGAGGAGCUUUUUGGAUCAACCAUCUCACAGGAGCAGGAUGAAACUGAACCGGUUGAACUCCUCACUCCCCUCCAAAGAGCAAUUCAGCAAGCUCGAGAGCACGGAUAUCAUCUUCAUCCACGCACACCCCUUGGUCCUGUAACCCCUACCUCGCCGACGUCGCCUGUCAAGACGUCGCCACCAGGGUUACAAAAGUACAAUCUCCGGUCACACCAAGUCGCUGCUAGCGACUUUUUCCGCAAAGAGGCGUCGCAUCGUGCAGCUGUUGCUGUCCGAAACGACAACCGACAGUUGUUGAUUGGCAAAAAGGACUGGAGUCCUUACGAGCCUCCGACGCUCAUCAUGCCUGAAGAGGAGGUUCCCCGUCUUCGCGUUGUGCUGGCUCCACGACGAUUCGCUGUGCGGCUGUGGAAGACGACGUGCCGUGGACCUUCUGACUGGAUCGAGAUUGAGGAAAAGGGACCUCGCGGAGGUGUUGCGGUGUUCAAGCGUAACAGCCAUUUGCGUCACGAGCUUGACCUCUCGCCACCAGCCCUCCACCUCGAGCAGGCCGCGCCUGCUCCCGCGUAUAGCGAGUCACCUACGGACGAGGAUGUGUCAUUCGACAUGCCCAUGUUCGUCGACCAACUCAUGGAGAAGCUCGCAGUCGACAAGAACCACCCCAGUACACGAUCCGAGGAGUCAUCGACGAGGAUGCAGGCUGCGAAUAUCCUGUCUGCCACUGAGCAAAAUCUGCGAUCCGCAGAGACUCCCCCAUCUUCUCGUUCCAACCUCGGUCUCAAGCUUCGACACCUCGUGUCCUCUGCCACCAAACGUCGAGCUUCCAAUACUGAUUCUAUGGAUAUUUCAAGCACUGAUAACUCUAUCGCCCCACGCCCACACACUCCUUCCCCUAAGCUAUCACCCGUCCAGCGCCUUAAACUCGCUGCUGCUCGAAGAAUGCACAGUGCCGCGUCUGUCGCGCAGGAGACCAAUACAUGCUCAGACGAACCAACGCCCGCCUGCUUGAACUCUGAAGCCGCGGAGCUUCAUCGCAGAGCACUUCUGAACAAGUAUUUCCACCCACGGCCCAUCCACGAGCGACCUCCGACGCCAGACCUCGUCCACGACGGGUUCACGACGGAGGACUCCAGUGACGACGAGACGCUCUAUAGUGACGAAUCGUCCGAGACGACUACGAAGAAUGUGACGAGCUUUAGAAGCAAGCUCGACAAACUAAAGACUGGCUCUCUCUCGACGGCCAUGGGAGCCGUCGAGCUGGUUACUGCAUAG